UGAUCGUGCACAUCUCUAAUUUACAACCAUUUCAAUUUCUAGCACAAUGGGCGCAUUGACAGAGCUGGCAGGUGAUGAGAAAAACGGAGAUGGCUCACGGACAUUUGUGUUCAACAAUGAGGGUCACACGUUGGGCAAUGCACUGAAAACGAUUAUCGCACGCUAUCCCGAAGUAGAUUUCUGCGGUUACACGAUACCGCACCCCACCGAGCAAAAGCUGCAUUUUCGCAUUCAGUCGCAUCGGGAGCGAGCGAUAGAUUUGCUUAAGCGUGGAUUGGAGGAUUUGGAGGCGCUGUGCGAUCAUACAAUGAACACGUUUGAGACAGAGAUGAAUAGCUUUAAUGCCACCGCUGUGGGCAGUAAUUAAUGAUACCAGUUACAAUAUAUAUGUAUAUAAAUAUAUAGACUUAUCCAAUUCUA